CUCUCUACACGGGGGUCUUGCCAAGGAUCGAGGAGGGAGGGGAUAUUUUAAUGGCCGUCAGUAGCACUACGAAAUGCAAAAAGUGUGAAUUAUCCUCUUUACUUAGACUAUACUAGCCACGGGUGCGUUUGGGCAUCCUCUCUUUGGUAACGAGCAUUGCUUUUGAGACACAUUGGUGUUGGAGACGGGUUUCAAGUGUUGUUUAAACGGACUUUACCCGCUUGAUUUGUGAGCGAGUGGGAGAUCAGGCCUAGCCGGCUGGCUAACAAACAAGCGGACGUUCAGCUAGUCGCCGGAGUUGAAAGGGAAUAUGUAACAUAAAGCAACCGAUCAUGACAUCCAGAUUUGGUAAAACGUACAACCGCAAGGGAGGGGAGGCCAACUCGAAAUUUGACGAGGUCUUCAACAAUAAGAAGCCCACCCUAACCACCAAAUGGGGGGAGACCACCUACAAGGCUCAGUUGGGUACCAAAAGGCCUGUUUUAAAACCGGAAGUGUCUGAGCUUUCCAAGAGGCCCAGGCUUGAGGACAGCGACAGUGAUGAUGACCCAUUUGGAUUUGACAGUGAUGAUGAGUCCAAGACUGUUACCACUCAAAGUGUGUCCCCGUCUGGGGUCAAAGAAGGGUCGCUAUCAAAUACCACUACAGUACAGAGGAGUGUAGUUUCUUCUGCACAGGGCUCAACAUCCUCAUUAACAACCAAGCAAACUUCUGAAGAGAGGGUUCUUAAAAAUAACCAGCCCAGGUUCAAAAGUACAUCAGAUGGCAACCAAAAACCUGCAUGCAAGGCCUCUUUGGUAAACACAGUCCCGUCUGUUAAACAGAAUGUCUCGAUGUACCAGAGGCACAUCCCCGCAUCUUCUAAUGUAGUCACCAAUAUCAGACUGUCCACUAAUGCACCAGGUGGUAGCAGAGACUUCCACACCACUUGCUCUUAUGAUGAAAUGUCUUCGGUACAAAUCCAAAAUGCUGAGCUAGAGCCUCCACCAGAACUAGUGGACAACAUUCCCCCAUCCCCAUUUAUCCUGAGGGCCUCAAACUGCAAGAAAUACCAGCGACCCACCAAGGCUAACAAAAUGUCCUCUGAACCGGCUGAGAACAACAGCAUCCAGCCCACUGAAACAGCGAACGCCCAAGAUAAACCCAACAGUGUCCUUUCUGCUAACGCAAGUGUUCCUGCUGCCAAAGCUAAAACAGCAGCCAAGCCCGCAGGCAGGGGCGGCGGGAGGGUACGGGACUACACGGUCCUGCACCCUUCCUGUCUGUCGGUGUGCAACGUCACCAUCCAGGACUCAAUUGAGCGGAGCAUCGAUGAACUAGUCACCCCAGCUGCCCCGGUUGACCUGGGAGAUUCAGGCCAGAUGAAGAAGAAAUCAGACGCUCCCCCGAUCAAACCCACCAGGUUCAGACCCACCCAGACAAAGACCAAGAAGACAAAGGCUGAGACCAAGCUAGAGUUCUUUGGCUUUGAGGACAAAGAGGAGCAUGGGGGCGAGGAGGGUCCUGAAGCUGGGAAGAGUAACUACAAGAUCAAGUACUUUGGCUUUGACGACCUGAGCGAGAGUGACAGCGAUGAUGAGGAGUCUAUCCGCAAAGAGAAGAAGGCCAAGAAGGCGGCUGCAGCCUUAGCGGCUCUGAGCUCCAGCGUGGACAGCCCGCAAACCAGCGACUCUCAGGACAGCCAGGCCAGCAGCAACACAGAAGCUUUUGACUUGUCUGAAGACUCUGGCGCCGAGGGACAAAAAGGACGACCAGGGAAGGCAGGCGAAAAGUCCAAGGAUAAUGCAAGUGGACUAAAAAAGAUCUUCAGUGGACCCAAAAAGAUAACUACCCAAUCUCAAUUUUUUUCUGGGUUCCAGUCACCGGCUAAGGCCGUGUACAACGCUCGCCACUGGAACCAACCUGAACCUGAGGAGGUACCUGUGCCUCCACUGUCCCGUGCUCAAACUGCUCCGGCUAUUUUAUCGAGCAGCAGCAAGGACAGCAACUCCCAUAAAGAUGAUGGCUUGUUCAAAGCCCCCCCACCGCCGCCUAAAGUCAUUAAGUCGGAGACCCUCCCCACGCGACUCAACCAGGAUAUUGUAACUGCGCUGAAAUGCAGGAAGGAGCACAAGGAGCUGUACACGGUGGUGCAGCAUGUGAAGCACUUCAAUGACGUGGUGGAGUUUGGAGAAAAUCAAGAGUUCACUGAUGAUUUUGAGUACCUGGAGACGGGGCUUAAGAGCAGUCAGCCACUCAACACCAGAUGCCUUAGUAUAAUCAGCCUGGCCACGCGCUGUGCCAUGCCCGGUUUCAGAAUGCACCUGCGGGCCAGAGGGAAAGUGGCACAAGUCUUCAAUAUGCUCAGUGAUGCUCCACAACACCCGAACUUGGGUCUGUGCACGGCUUCCCUGAUGUACAUUCUGAGUCGGGAUCGUCUUAACAUGGAUCUGGACAGGGCCUGUCUGGAGCUUAUGAUCAAGCUGCUGGAGAUAGACCAGGACUACUCGGCCCACCAGGAUCAGCUCACUCCCAAGGAGGUGGAAAAGGUCAAGGAGAAGAUCAGGAAGCUGUGUGAGACCGUGCAUAACAAGCACCUCGACUUGGAAAACAUCACGACGGGCCACCUUGCCAUGGAAACUCUGCUCUCUCUAACCUCCAAGAGAGCGGGGGAUUGGUUCAAAGAAGAACUGAGACUUCUGGGAGGGUUGGACCAUAUUGUAGACAAAGUUAAGGAGUAUGUGCAGAACCUGAGCCAAGAGGACGACAAGGAGAACCUGGUCGUAUCGUUAUGGGGAGCAGAGCGCUGUCUGAGAGUACUUGAAAGUGUGACAGUGCAGAACCCAGAAAACCAGGCGUACUUGAUUGCCUACAAAGAAUCACAACUCAUCGUCUCCUCCGCCAGAGCUUUACGGUACUGUGAAGAUAUGAUUCAGCGAUACAGCAGGUCGCUAAAUAACAGCUCUCUGUCAUUGUCGGGGGCAGCGCUGCCCCACUGCAGCUUCAGUAACGUGGGCAAGGCUGUGGAGGACUGCAUGCGGGCCGUCAUAGGAGUGCUGCUCAACCUCACCCACGAUAAUGAGUGGGGCAGCACUAAGACGGGUGAGCAGGAACAGCUUACCGUAACUGCUUUGAAUUGCGUCCUCCGAGUUCCACGCUACAUCCCCCAGGAGCAGCGGUUCGACGUGCGAGUUUUGGGUCUGGGUCUACUUAUCAACCUGGUGGAGUACAGCUCCAGAAACCGCCACUGCCUGGUGGACAUGGAGUACAUAAUGGACGACAGCUUUCUGGAAGACAGCCUGUUGCAGCCGGCUGACCCGCCAGCAGCAGAGACAGCGAACGCACCGCCGGCCGCUGCUGCUGAGUCUCAGGGAGACGAUCCUGUCAAGCCCAAGCCCUCCGGUGCUCUGGCUGCCCUGGUGCAGUUCUUACUUGAGAGGGAGCGCGCCGCCAUCCUGGCCGAGGCCAAGACGGACGACCUCAUCAGCGAGGCGCCAAAGCCGGCACUCGACAAAAGUGGAGAGUGGAAGGAGACGUCGGGGGAGAUACAGUGGGUGGCGGCCGAACCCAACGACAACCAAACGGAGACGAAAGAGGACGAGAAGAAAGAGGAGGAAGAGGAAGAGUUGGAUCUGAAUAAAGCUCUGCAGCACUCAGGCAAGCAUAUGGAGGACAGCAUUGUUGCCUCCUACACCGCUCUGCUGCUGGGCUGCCUCUGCCAGGGAAGCCAGAUAAAUUUGACUACUGUGAGACAGCAUCUACCUAAAGGGGACUUCUCCAUCAUGACAGAAAUGCUGAAGAAGUUCUUGAGUUUCAUGAACCUCACUUGUGCGAUGGGCACCACGGGACAGAAGUCCAUCACUCGGGUCAUCGAAUACCUGGAGCACUGUUAACAGACAGCCAGACCAGGACCUCACACUCUGCACAUUAAAGGGACCCCUGGCUCUUCUGGUGCCCCGUCCCCGACAGGAGCCACAGGGGGGGGGGGGUCCAUCGGAGACUCAGCAGCGUUCCUUUGACUUCACCAGAUCAACAAAUGCUGCGCUCACUCUGAAUUGCUACCGAUGAAGGCGUGAACUCGCAAAAAGUUUCCCUCUCUCUGGAGCACAGCCCGAACCAAAGCCCUGCUAGCUGACAGACAUCACAUUUCUUCAGUUCCACAUUUGAUUAGUCAGGAGAUUCAUCCUCAGGUUCCUGGGAAUCAGGCAGAGGCUAACGUGUCAUAAUAAUCUGUGGAAUCAUCUUAUAUGAUAAUGGACUCACAGACGUGUUCUUGAAACAUCUUUAAGAGGUUUAACGGUCUGAUGGUCCGCAGCCUGGUCUCAUUCCCGGUCACUUAGCCCGAGUGUAAACCUCUGAAUGAAAUGUUAUGGAUCAUUACAUUUUAAUCUCAUCCACAUCAAAGCCAAGGAUGAAAUCAUUGAUAAGCAUGAAACACAAUCAUUUUCAUGGAUGUUAGAAUGACGUCUCUAUGUAAACUCGUGUGGAAUGAUUUUGGACGCUUACACCCGUUAAGCUUAAUGUUUGCAGUUGGCUUGAAUGUUGAAGGGAAGCAGAGUUUUUUUUUAAAUCUUUGAUUUUUAUGUUUUAAUUGUGCCCGUUAAUUUUGUAAAACGGUGCGGGUUAGCAAGUUGCUUAGGCGCAAUGUUAUGCGCGUAUCUUAUAUGUUUUUAGACUUGUUUUAAGUUUUUCUUCAGGGCAUUUUUUCCUCACCCAACUCAUCAAUGACGUUUAAAGGACUGCGCGAUAUGCUCGCUUUGAUAGGGGGAAAUUACACGCUAUUAUGAAUUUAAAUUUUCAUUCUUACAAAUCAUUAAUUUGAUCCUAUUUUACUUUGUUUUGCUUAUUUAAAUUCAAAUAAAAUGAAGAGUUUGUAAUAACAAUAUGCAUUGAAACUAGGGCUGCACGAUAUUGAAAAAAACUGACAUUGCGAUUUCCCCCCCCCCUGCGAUAUAUAUAUAUAUAUAUAUUGAAAC